AUGGAAAGAAAGAUGUUUAUUUCUGCUGAAGGGAAAAAACAGCUCCACAAUUAUUCGUUCAGAGGAGAGGAUCACUCGUUUUGUGCGAAUUAUAUAUUAGCCCCAUAUCUAUGGGAACCACUGCUUCAAAAAUAUAUCCCGCGUUAUAUAGCACCAAAUAUUUUGACGACUCUUGGCUUCGUAUCAAUGGCGCUGUGUUGGGUCAUUACCGCAUUUGUACUUCCAACAGGCCUAGAGGAAAUGCCAAGAUACUUAUACGUUUUAAUGGCGCUCUUCAUCUUUUUGUAUCAAAUAGCAGACAACAUAGAUGGAAGACAAGCAAGAAGAACACACAACGCAACACCUUUAGGAGAGUUAUUUGACCACGGCAAUGACUCGAUAAUGAUUGGGAUUUUUGCACUAUUUGUUGUGUUAUGUUUACACGUGUCGACUACAUUAACACUUAUUGUCCUUUUAAUGCUCUAUUUGGUCUUCUUCUUAAGUCAUUGGGAAGAGUACCACACCGGUGUUUUGAUAUUAAACGCACUUUUGAACCCAACAGAAUUACAGUUAAUAAUGAUAGCAGUGUUAAUCGUUGAAGCUAUAUACCCGGGUGUGAUGGACUUAGUGAUCUUUGGGUUACAAGUCAACACCACUAUUGCGUAUUGUACCAUUUUGGGUGCAUUUUUAGCGUUUCUGUUUUAUUCAUUCAAUGUGUAUAAACUCGUCACGACAACUAAAAUGUGUCGAUUUAGUAAAAGUGUGACCCGGUUGACUCCAUUUUUGCUCUUCUUUUUUACUAUGGCUAUUUUAUUUGUUUUCGCAAACGAAACGUAUUUACAACAGAAUUUCCAAAAGGUCACAGCUAUUACUAUUUUAGUAAAUGCAUAUAUCACACAAAGAAUUAUUUUAAAUAGAAUUUGUAAAGAAGAAGUCGACUUGUUUUAUUAUAUAAACAUCAUUUUCUGUGUGUUUGUUACUCUUGUUUUACUGGCGUCUGUUGGAAUGACUUGGAUAAACGCCUCUUUGUUGACUACUGUUAUGCUCAUUAUUUCUAUUGCCCAAGAAAUAGUCUUUGCCAUUUCUGUUGCUCGUACCAUAUGCUCAGAAAUCGGAAUUCGCGUUUGGAUGGUCAAAAUAGACGAAUAA